AUGCAGUGUCCAAGAAAAAGAGGUCCAAGAGUUGGUUUGGUAGAGAGUUUAGAAAGGCGUCUUCAACAAAUGGAAAAACUUUUACAACCCCUCAAAGAACAAGGAAUUGUUGUAGGGGAAGAGGAUGAUGUAUUAAUAUAUUUCGGCAAAACUUCGGCAAAGCCAGGACUCAUACCAAAAAAAGAAACGUUCUGUGGAGAUGCGGAUGAUAAUGACAUAAUGCACACUACCACUACUAACUCCUCAGAAAAUAGUUCAGAAUCUAGUGGCAAUCGUCAAGACAUUGUAAGAAAUCCAAGGUAUUUGUCCGGUGAAGGUUAUGCUGAAAUAGCCUCUCAAAUGAUAUUUCAUACAAUCGAUCGUCCAACUCUGUUAUUACUUACUCUGCAAAGCUACGGUGCAAUGAAAGGUCCUAGAUGUUGGACAUAUUUAGGAAUUGCUAUAAGAAUGGCACAGGAAAUAGGAUUGCACAGAAUAGACGAAUCGCUUGGAAAUUCAUCCCAUUCAAUUGUUGAUGAUGAAAUGGCAUUUAUUAAGAAAGAAACUCGUAGAAGGACGUUUUGGCUUGGUUUUACGCUUGAUAGAUUUUCAGCAUGUGCACUUGGUAGACCUCAUAUGAUUCAAGAAUCUGAUUGUGAUGUUCGAUUACCUUGUAAAGAAGAAAUAUGGAAUUUAGAACAUCCAUUCACCAGCCCAAAAAUUGAUGAAUUUCGAAAAGAAUCUAAAGAAAAACAAGGGCUCCUGCUUAAACUUGCUAAAUGCGGACUAUGUGCUUGCCUUGUUAGUGUUGCCGCUUUACUUGGACGUGCUUGUCAAUAUGUCAAUAGAUCAAACUCUAGAAAUAUUUCACAACCUUGGGAUCCCAAAUCAGAAUAUGUUCAACUUGAAGGCGAUAUAAAAUCAUGGCACAGUUCAAUUUCGCCACAUUAUGACUAUUCGUUUGAGAAAUUACAAAAAUAUAUGAGCAAUGGUACAGGUGUGAGUUUUGCCACAAUGCAUAUAGUAUAUCAUGCAACUGUCGUUGUGCUAAACAGACACAGUUUCUCGAGAUCACAACAAAAUGAUGGAGUUACACCUGAUGUUGAAUUUGUAAAAAAAUCUGAUGCAAAAUGUACAGAAGCUGCUCGAUUUGCUUCUGAGAUAGCAAAAGAUAUCAUUAGUAUCGGUUGCUCCAACAUGUUCCCAUUCAGUGUCUAUGGUGUAUUUGCAACCGCAUCUAUUCAUAUCAAUGAUUCAUUUAGUAAUGACAAAGAAUUGGCACAAAAUGCAAAAAAAUGUUUGAAAAUUGACGAACAAUACUUGAGGGAUAUGGAAUCACAUUGGGCAACAGCCGGGAAGUUGGCCACGUUGAUGAAAGAAAUGAUAAUAGCUAAAGAAUCCAAUAAUAAAUCUGAUAUAACGCCAUUUUACAAUUAUAACAACAAUGAAUUCAACGGCAGGUAUGACAACAAUAACAAUAUCUAUAAUAAUUUUGGAGGGUUAGAAAAUGAUAACAUUGGUAUUAUUAAUAAUAAUAUGGUGCCGAUGAGUGACCAAACGUUUAUUAAUGGUGGUGGUGAAUCUUGGACAAGUCUCCUUCGAUCUCCGUACAUUUUAACACCACGUACACUUCAACGAGGAGGAAUAGAUUAUUUUACUCAAAGUCCAAAUGUUUUUGGAAGUCAAUAUCCUACUAUUACAUACGAAAAUGUUCCGUUGGUUGAUGCUUCGUCAUCAUCAACUACUGGAUUUAUACCACCAGAGUUUUCUUCUACCAAUGCGAAUACUUCUAGAUUCCCACCACUGAUGUAG